AUGUAUGUGUCAAAGUACUUACUCUUAUUCUUGCUCUUCUUCUUGACCUUGGUUCUUUGUUCUAGCAUGGCUAACAUUAUCGAUAUCAAUAAGCGUGGCGGUGCCUAUCUCCGUAUCUUGUCACAGGAUACGCCUGAAGGAACUAAAGGACCAGCAUUUGUGGACCGAGAGUUUGAAAAUAUCGACCAUAUUAUUAUAGGAUCGGGCACUACAAAAGAGGUCGAAGGCGAAUAUGUAACGAUACCUGGAGUUACCGUUAGUGAAUUCCACGCCCGGAUUUUUUUCUUAAAUGGAUCGAUGUAUAUUCAUGAUGUCGGGUCUCAGUAUGGGACUUUUUUAAACGGUCGGCGACUAAGUUUAUCAUACCAUAGAUCCUCGACACAUCUUAUCAUAAACGGCGACAAACUUCAAUUUGGUAGAAAGAUGGCAGAUGCGAAACAAAAUACAAUCAUUGGGACCAAUGCAAUAGUCGAGCUAAAGACUUAUGUGAAGCUCAAUAAAUUUGAGUUCCAGACUUAUUGUGAAUUAAGGAAAAUCUCGCCUCCUUCUGAAGCCCAAACAUUACAGUCAUUGAUGUCAGAUUGUGCUAUAUGUCUCAAUGCUAUUGCACCCCUUCAAUCACUAUUUGUAGCGCCCUGCUCUCACUCAUUCCACUUUUCCUGUUCAAAACCACUCCUGGACACGUACCCCGAAUUCGAAUGUCCUGUUUGUCGUAUAUGUACCGAUGUCCGUGUAUACACAUCUUCAGAUGUCAAUACUCUCGCAAAUAAUUUUAAAAUGACCAAUAUUAACUAA